CUAAUAGUAAUAUGUCUAAAACCCCUGCCCCCGCAAAACAGUUUAGCAUCCACUCCUAAACCCUCGCGAGGAACUGCGAAAAGCGCAGAGGACGGGGCGGCGAUGCAGUCGUCGGAGACGCCGGAGAGAGACCUCUACGCUAUUCUUAACAUCUCGAGGGAGGCUUCCGAUGAGGAGAUUCGGAAGGCUUUUCGCCAAUGGGCUCAAGUUUACCACCCCGACAAGUACCAGGAUCCCGAAAUGAAGGAUGUUGCCACCGCUAAUUUCCAGAGGAUUCGUGAUGCUUAUGAGAUAUUGUCAGAUGAGCGUAAGAGAGAAAUCUAUGAUAUAUAUGGAUUGGAGGGGCUGAAUUCAGGGUAUGAACUUGGUGAAAAGCUUAGCAAACCAGAGGAGAUAAAGGAAAUGUUGGAGAGAUUAAGGCGGAAAAGAGAAGAAGAUAAGAUUUUAGCUCAUUCCAGGCCAACCGGUGCACUUCUUGCUAAUUUGUCUUUGCCCCAAUAUCUAGAUGGCGGUAGCAUUAUUAGAGGAAUGGCUAUGUCCAGUGAGGUACAAUCUCGAUUAUCCAAGCGAAACUCAUUGGCAAUAGGAGGAAAUUUGUCAGUCACUGGUGCAUCUGGGACAGGGUCUGCAUCAGCUAUGCUAAAGCACCAGAUUUCUUCAGCUGCUUCUGUAGAGUUUGUGGCUACUGCUGGGCUACGGGCAUUACUUAGCGUUCAAACCUCUCGUCAGCUUUCACAGCAUUCAUUGGCUACCUCUGGUAUUGCAAUAUCCUUGAGGGAUGGUUCAAUUAAUCUCACCAAUGCAUGGACUCGGCAAAUGUCAGAUAUAUCUAUUGCAAAUAUACAUCUUGUUCUAGGAACAGAAUCAGGUAUCUCUAUUGGUUGGCAAACGAAAGAUGACAAAACUUCGGCUUCUGGAGAAGUAAAGUUUGGUACAGCUUCUCUUGGGGCAUCAGCUCAAUAUAUACACCAAUUUUCUGCAAAGUCUCAUGGUCGGGUAUCUGGUAGAAUUGGAAGCACUGCCCUUGAAUUUGAAAUAGGUGGAGGACGGAUAAUAUCUGAGUUUAGUACUGUACGAUUAUUUUAUAAUAUUGGAAUUCAGGGAAUCUCCUGGAAAUUUGAGUUGCACCGUGGAGGCCAAAAGCUGAUAAUUCCAGUGUUGCUUUCCAGUGAGUUCAAAGCUUUGUUUGCAACAAGUGCAUUUGUGGUUCCAUCAUUACUUUAUUUUGUUCUAAAGAAGUAUGUUCUAAAACGUUAUCAUCGCAACCGAGAACGGCAGAAGGCACUUGAUAAGAUGGCAAAGUCAUCCAUUCAGGUGCAAGAAGCAAGGAAGGUCGCCAAGAAAGCACAAAAAAUACUAGAAACUGUUUCUAAUAGAAAGAAGAACAAGCAAUUGGAGAACGGAGGAUUGGUUAUUUCUAAAGCUGUAUAUGGAAAUCUUCAAGAAAUGGAACGAAGCGGUGAGCAUAGAGAAGAUCAUAAUGAUGAAGUGGCCUCUCAAGUUUUAGAUGUAACAUUGCCGCUCAAUUUUUUGGUCAAUGAUUCUGGAAAACUUAAGCUUCAUGAGGGCAUUAAAAAAUCUGGAUUAAUGGGUUUCUGUGAUCCCUGUCCUGGAAUUCAAAAGCAACUACUUGUGGAAUACACAUAUCGCGGUCAAAAUUAUCAGGUUGUGGUGGGUGACAGUGAAGAGUUGCUGAUCCCACAGGAAAGAACAUAGGGAUGUAAAAUAGAAUUUAUUGAUUUGUGAUUAAAUUUGAAUUUGUUUCCUCAAGCAAUUUUGUAUGCAAGAGA